AUGACCCAUCUUUAUCAGGUCGCGAAGACCUUGAGGAUCGGUACGGACAAGGUCCUGGCGGUUCGCACACUCUGGUAUGACAAGCAGGAGUUGUACGAGACCAACGGGAAGGGGCGAGGCAAGGCCACCAGCGUCGACGACGGGCGACGUGUCAUCACGAAGGAGCAAGAGGAUGGACUGCGCGAGUUCAUCAAGGGCGAGCACGAGGCGGGACGUCAGGUCUUCCGCCGUACCGUUUAGGAUUACUUGGAGUGUUCGUUCGGAUUAGAGAUGUCGAAUCGUGCCGUGGGAGGGUUGCUGCAGCGCCUU